GAUGGGGAAAGCAUUGGAAACUGCCCAUUUUCUCAACGUCUCUUCAUGAUUCUCUGGCUAAAGGGUGUUAUUUUUAAUGUUACCACUGUGGAUUUGAAACGGAAACCUGCAGACUUACAGAAAUUAGCUCCAGGAACAAACCCUCCAUUUAUAACUUUUGAUGGUGAUGUUAAAAUAGAUGUAAAUAAAAUUGAAGAAUUUCUAGAAGAAAAGUUAGCACCACCAAGAUAUCCUAAACUUGCACCAAACCAUACAGAAUCUUACUCUGCAGGAAAUGAUGUGUUUGCUAAAUUUUCUGCAUUCAUAAAAAAUACAAGGGAAGACGUCAAUGAACAUUUAGAAAAAACAUUGCUUAAGGCUUUAAAUAAACUGAAUACUUACUUAAACACCCCCUUGCCUGAAGAAAUAGAUGCCAAUAGCACUGAAGACUUCACUGUUUCCUCAAGGAAAUUCCUAGAUGGUGAUGAAUUCACAUUAGCAGAUUGCAAUCUCUUGCCAAAGCUUCAUAUCAUCAAGGUUGUGGCAAAGAAGUUUAGAAAUUUUGAAUUUCCAUCUGAAAUGACUGGUAUCUGGAGAUAUUUGAAUAAUGCAUAUGAUAGGGACGAGUUCACAAAUACAUGCCCUGCAGAUCGGGAAAUAGAAUAUGCCUAUCUGGAUGUUGCAAAAAGAAUGAAAUAA